UUGACAGCGACAGGCGCCAGGCACCAGGGUUCUGGCUGAGCGGGGAAGAAAACCAACACCAUGCCAGAUACAGGAGAGAGUUGAGAGGAAGUGAAUGAGAUGAGAGGGGCAUGAGAUGCGUAUAAUUUCACUCGUCGCGACUUGCAACACACAACAAAACACAAUAAGAAAAAGAAAAAAAACACAUUUCCCCUUACACACCCCAACCCACCAUCACCAUGGCCAACCCCACCAUCAACACGGCCUCCUUCAGCCGCUCUGCAGACUCCCAGCUCUCGUCGCGCUUUUUUACUCUUCCUGCUGAGAUCCGCAACCUGAUCUACCUCGAAUUCUGGAAACUCAACUCAACCCGGCAGCACAUCGUGAAAUACGAAGUCCCCAACGAGGAGCACCCACAAGGCGUCACCGAGCGCUGGUCGCAUGUGCCCUGUAUCACGGACCCAUGCGCCCCGGACGCCCGGUGGCCCGAGUACGCCGAGAGCAAGCCCACGUCCGAUGAACGGCAGGUCUGGGCCAAGCGGCUCAAGAGCUCGUGGUGUCUGCAUUGGGCCUGCGAGGAGCACGCUGGAGAUGUCGUUGGGCCCCCCGUGAGGAACGGGUCGAAACUGCCCAAGGAGAGCAACACGACGGCCGAGGAGUUGUCCGAGGAGGCCGAGCCUGCUCAGGUUGACACCGGCGAGGAUAAGACUGAGGACCCGGCUCCAACCAAGACGGGACUCAUGAGCCUCCUCACCACGUGUAAGCGGAUCUAUCUCGAAGCACUACCGUCCCUCUACGCCAACACCACCUUCGUGCUCACCAACACGCCGACGGCAGUCGACUUCCUGACCAGCUACGGCGACGACCCAGAGCGGUACCCGAUCCGGUCCGUCGAGGUGUGCAUCCGCGUGACCAACCUGAUCACCGAGAUCUACUACCCACCAUCCGGGGGCGGCCGCGACGAAGGGCCCCCCGCCAUCUUCGCGGGGCGGGCGCGCCCCACGCUGUCCAUGACCAACAACCCGUGGCGGCACCUGUGCGACGGGCUGGCGGCGCUGGCCCAGCUGCAGGAGCUGCGCGUGUGGCUGGACUCGAGCGACCUGCGGCCCUGGCACAAGCGGGUGAGCGAGACGCGCUUCUUCGCGCGGCUCUUCGACGUGCGCGGGCCGGGGCCGGAGCGCUUCGUGCUGGCCCUGCCGGAGCUGCCCGAGCGCCGCGGGCCCGACGUGCACGACCUGCGCGACCAGUACCUGGAGGGCGCCAACCUCGACGGCGCGCCGUUCACCGUGGAGAGGAGCCCGCGCCCGAACAACUGGGGCGUGCACCUCCGCAACAUCGUCAGCAUCGGCCCGCACCCGGGCGCAGCGCAGGCGGCGUUGGCGGGGAACGGUGGUGGGCAGUAGGGGUGGGCGUGUUAUCAUGUAGAUCAUAGAGAGAGUGAACUGUAAAAUGCGAAUAUCUUCAGACGUAUCUACUCAAACCACUGCAUGCGUACAACUUCCACCAGCGGAACGGAGCCCAAAACACACGAUGUUUUCGCGAUGUUCACCACCAACAAACCAGUGCGAUCCAUCAGCCAUCUGCAAAUUGCAAACAACCAAGUAAAUUGUUCCACCAAAAAGGCCCAAGGCAAAACCAAAAUCCCGGACAGACAGGCCGGUUCCAGCG